CGAAAAUCAGAAAGCGUGCGAUUAUAUAGUGAACAAUAUUGGUGGUGUUGGUGCAAAGUGCUUGUGUAAUGGACACGUUCAUUAAAAGAAGCGGAACUGUGUUGGACGAUGAGAACGAAGAAAACAUACCAAGUCCCAAGCGGCCAAAAAAGGAAAUUUCAAAGGUAUGGAAGCUUUUCAAAAAGGGCUCAAAUCAAACAGCGACUUGUUUGAAAUGCGGCAAAGUCUAUAAGACAUCUGGAAAUACCAGUAAUUUAAUGCAGCACUUAAAUACGGCUCAUUCAGAAAGUGUGCAAAACAUUACAAGUUCUUUGUCGCCAUGUAUGGACAAAUUCCUUAACAAAAAAGGUAAACAAUACGAAAAUGGCUCUGCGCGGAAGGCUACAAUUGACAAAGCAGUUCUAAAAAUGAUAGCCAGAGAUGUGCAACCAUUUACCAUAGUAUCGGAUCCAGGUUUUGUAGAGCUCGUAAAUACUUUGGAUCCCAUGUAUAAACUGCCAAGCAAAACACAUAUGCGUAACGUUACUCUUAAGAGCGAGUACGAGGCCUUAAGGGUAAAACUCCAAGUCAUUUUAAAUCAAGUGGAAUACGUUGGCAUUACCACUGAUUGCUGGACGUCAAAAGCCAAUGAAGGCUAUAUUACAGUGACUGUUCACUUCGUUUCGCCAACUUUUGAGCUCCAAUCGGCAGUUUUAUCAACGGAUAAGUUGAUCACGCCAACGAGCCAUUCAGCCGAUACAAUAGCGGCUUCUUUAAAAGUUGUAUUAACAGACUGGAAUUUACUUAGAAAAGUAACCACUAUUGUUACGGAUAAUGACGUGAGCAUGAUAAAGGCUUGUAGGGACUUAGAAUAUAAACACUUGCCAUGCUUCGCACAUACAAUUAACCUGCUGGUCCAGGAAGUGCUGAAGCACCCAAUGGUGGCUCCGUCCAUAUCGAAGUGUAAGCGCAUAGUGACUUUUUUUAAAAGCAGCACUAUUGCAUAUGAAAAGUUUAGGCAGGCCCAAGGUGAAAAAGCUUAUAGCUUAAUCCAAGAGGUUCCCACCCGCUGGAACUCUGCUCUCUACAUGGUGCAGCGCAUAUUAGCCACAAACGAGCAUAUAUCAACGGUGCUUCUGAGCACACCAAAAGCCCCACAGCCGUUCUCAGCAGAGGAGAUCUUUAUUUUGGAAGACCUUUCUAACAUCCUGGAGCCAUUUGAGCACGCUACUCGGUCUAUUUCAACAGAAAAAAACGUUUCAAUAUCAAUAUUAAUUCCUCUCAUAUGCGAAUUAAACAAAAAGAUGAUUGAUAUUAAACCAAAAAUUAAAACAACAGAGGGAAUAUCGAUUUUCGACUAUCUAACGGCUCGUAUGCCAGAGCGAUUCGCCCAUUAUGAGGUUAGAACAGUCCCAAGAGUGGCAACUAUCCUCGAUCCAAGAUUUAAAAAAGAUGGGUUUCUCUCUCAGUCAAAUGCAGACCAGGCUGCAAAGGCUUUAGAGAACGAACUGUUCAACACACUGUCCAAAACACAGCACGAUCCGCCAACACCACCAAAUCCAGAACCGGAAAAGAAAAACUUUACUUUUCUACAGCAGAAAGUCGCGGUUAAAACCAAGUCGGCCAGGACAGACGCUAUUAUAGCACUAAGACAAUAUUUAGAGGCUCCAAAUUCCCCGGAGAAUGUCGAGCCCCUAGCGUUCUACAAGAUGUGCCCGGAUUCCAUGGACGCCAUGAAAAGUAUUGCAAAACAAUAUUUUUGCGUUCCAGCGUCUUCCACGGCGUCCGAGAGGACCUUCAGCAAAGCUGGCCAAGUGAUUAGUGAGCGCCGGAGCUCCCUAAAACCUAAAAUAGUUAAUAUGUUGCUAUUUUUAAACAAAAAUAACUUCCUUUUUGAUCUCAAUUAAAUACAUUA